GUGGUUUUUGUCUAUCCGGUCCUUAGCGCGCUAUGGAUGGCAGCUGCAUGGUACUGUGGUGCGUACAGCAUCAUCAUGGCGCUCAUCGGCGGAAACCCGGUGCCAAAAUUCACUGUAUGGCAGUGCAUUGUCCUGGCAGCGCUGGCAUACACAGCAUUCGUCUGGGCUAAAUCCCGGUCUCUUCCUCAACGACAAGCGGAGCGCACGACUAGGGGACUCGUCAACCCAUAUGUGCAGCUGAGCCAGGAUGGAUCGACGGCCAUGUACUUCAAGAUUCAACCCGGUUCUUUGUCCUAUCGGCUGCAGGACCUGUCGCAUGCUCAACUCAGAGGUUAUGACUUGGGGCGGGGGGUGUAUGCCUUGUUUCUCGCCGCUGGCGAGGGAUCUUCCGAGUCCAGCGCUGUCCCCGGACAGUUGAGGAGAGGAGAUGAUAAGAUCGCCCAUGCCCACCUUAAGGAUGCGUCGAUUCGCCUCGUCUGGUAUGCAGAUGAGGAUGUCGAGACGGAAAAGACGCCGAUUCCCAAAGGUGUGGUUUUGAUCCACACGUCGCCUAAGGAGGAGAAAGCGGUACUACUGGACGCCAUUCUCCAGUCUUCCAUCCGUCCAUAG